AUGAACUUGUCGCGAAUCACCUUGCGGCCUUUGAAGCUGAGCGACGUAGAUGAUUUCAUGGUCGUAGCUGGUGAUGAUAGAGUGACUCGCUACACCCGAUGGAACACUUUUGUUUCGAGGGAGCAAGCGUUGACUUUCAUUCGAGAUCAUCAACAUCCAUGGACUCGCGCCAUAUGCGUUGACGAUGUAACCAUUGGAUAUGUGUCGGUGUCUCCUGGAUCGGGUGAUGACAGGUGUAGGGCUGAGAUUGGCUGUUACAUAGCUACCGAUUACUGGGGCCAAGGGAUUGCCACCGAAGCAACGAAGAUUGCUGCGUCACAAGUCUUCAAGGAUCUCCCUGGCUUGGUGAGGUUACAAGCUUUUGUUGCUGUAGAGAACAAAGCGUCCCAAAGGGUGUUGGAAAAAGCAGGGUUUCUUAGGGAGGCCAUACUCAAAAGGUAUGCGUAUGUCAAGGGAAUGAUUAAGGAUGUCGCUAUUUUUAGUCUUGUGUUACAGGAUACCCAUUCUUCUUCAUUGUAAACAUAAUUGAUAUUGUUAAAAGAUAAAUAUUAAUAAGUAUCUUUAUGGUAUUACUCGUAGCUAAGGUGUUUAAUAUAAA